AUGGUCGACAACAAGCCCACUCCCCUCUUCAAGGUCAACUCCCCGAACGUUACCUACACCGAGGAUGCCAUCCACUCGAAGUACUCCUAUCAGACCACCUUCGUGACCACCGAUGCCUCCGGCUCCCUGGUCGCCGAGCCGGUCACCUCGGACUUCGAGUUCGUCACCCAGACCAAGGUCCCCCGCACUGGUCUCAUGAUGGUCGGCCUCGGUGGCAACAACGGCACCACCGUCACCGCCGGUAUCAUCGCCAACCGCGAGAACAUCUCCUGGAAGACUCGCCUCGGCGUCCAGACCCCCAACUACUUCGGGUCCCUGACCCAGGCUUCCACCGUGCACCUGGGCCGCGACCUGCACUCCGGCAAGGACCACCACGUUCCCCUGGCGAAGAUGGUCCCCAUGGUGGACCCCAACACCUUCGUCAUCGGCGGCUGGGACAUCAGCGCCAUGCCCAUGAUCGAGGCCAUGGACCGUGCCCAGGUCCUCGAGCCGGACCUCAUCAACCAGCUGAAGCCCCACCUCCAGGGCAUGGUUCCCCUGCCCUCCAUCUACGACCCGGACUUCAUUGCCUCCAACCAGGCCGACCGCGCGGACAACGUCAUCCCCGGCACUCGCGCCGAGCAGCUGGCCCAGAUCCGCAGCGACAUCACCACCUUCCGCGCCAACAACGCCUGCGAGCAGCUGAUCAUCGUCUGGACCGCCAACACCGAGCGCUUCGCCGAGAUCAUCCCCGGCCACAAUGACACCGCCGACAACCUCCUGCGCGCCAUCGAGGCCAACCACCCGGAGGUCUCCCCGUCCACCAUCUUCGCCGUGGCUUCCAUCCUCGAGGGCACCCCCUUCAUCAAUGGCUCGCCCCAGAACACCUUCGUGCCGGGUGUCGUCGAGCUGGCCGAGCGCUAUGGCGUCCUCAUCGGCGGCGAUGACUUCAAGUCCGGCCAGACCAAGAUCAAGUCCGUCCUGGUGGACUUCCUCGUCGGUGCCGGCAUCAAGCCCCUCUCCAUCACCAGCUACAACCACCUGGGCAACAAUGACGGCAUGAACCUCAGCGCCCCGAGCCAGUUCCGCUCGAAGGAGAUCUCCAAGUCCAAUGUCGUGGAUGACAUGGUUGGCAGCAACCCCAUCCUCUACAAGGAGGGUGCGUGA